GCUCGCAUCUCCUUUGUGCGGGUGAAAUACCUUUUCCUCACCUGGCUGACAGUGUUUGUCGGGGGCUGGGUGAUCUAUGUCCAGUACUCCAACUACACCGAGCUGUGCAGAGGACAUGAGUGCAAAAACACCAUAGUGAGUACGGACACAUCUGUCAUAUCCAUGGUCCACUUUUUUAUUUAUUACAUAUUUUUAUGUAUUUAUUGAAAGACAGUCAGUAGGGGGUACAGUAAAGACAAGGCGUGUGUUGAACAGGCAGUGGGCCAGAUUGGAAUGACAACACUGUGGGGAGGCGGCAGCACUAGCUGCUAGUUACAACCCAGUUCUACUAUGGUAGUGGUGGUAGUAGCACUGCUACAGAGCAUCACCCAUAGCAUCUCACCCAUCUUCACAAGUGGUCCGCCAUCUAUGGUUCUCACUUUGUAAAAUCUGGAGAGAUAGACUAACACCAACCCAUCUCCACUUCUCCCCCAGUGUGACAAAUACAGGAGAGGCAUCAUUGACGGCUCGGCCUGCAGCGGCCUUUGUGACAAAGACACCCUCUACCUGGGCAGGUGCCUCUCUACCAGCCCGAACAACCAGGUGAGGUAACAGACCAUGCCCCUACCUCUGAGCUGCAGGGGUUACUGUACUGUACAAGUUGUCUUGGUCUGUACCAAGUACAGAUCCAGGAUCAGUAAAACCAACCUUAGAUCGGUGCAUCUAGGGACAACCUCCUAGGACCCGGACCUACAGCCCUAAUGUUGACUCAAGGCACUUCAGCAACUUCCAGUAUGUUGACAAUGGUUUUAUUGAAGGGCGUGGUGUCUUUAGUAGAAGUUCACUACAGUAUUUCCAUGCACAGUCAGUCCAGAAUAAUAAUCCAGUACAUUUUACGUCAUUUAGCAGACGCUCUUAUCCAGAGCGACUUACAGUUAGUGCAUACACUAUUUUUUUCCCAUACUAGCCCCCCCGUGGGAAUCGAACCCACAACCCUGGCGUUGCAAACGCCAUGCUCUACCAACUGAGCUACAUCCCUGCCGGCCAUUCCCUCCCCUACCCUGGACGACGCUGGGCCAAUUGUGCGCCGCCCCAUGGGUCUCCCGGUCGCGGCCGGCUACGACAGAGCCUGGAUUGGUUGUUCUUAUCGACUGUAGGUGUAUAAUAAUGUAAUGCCACUAUCUGGUUGUCCCCCUUGUUCGGGCCCUCAGGUGUACACAGGUGGCUGGGGUGACCUGGACGGGGUGAUCCGCUGCCAGGUGGGGGAGGUGCUGCACUAUGAGCUGGGAGAGGAGCCGAAGCCCAGGAGAGAGGCUGCGGUCUUCGACAAACCCACCCGCGGAACGUCUGUGGAGAAGUUCCGCGAGAUGGUUUUCAAUCACCUCAAGGUAUUGGAACUAUUGCUGCUUUGACUUCAGCAGAUGCUGUCACAAUAAUCAGCAUAAGUUUUAACAAGGAUUUUUGUCUUCAUCGAAGGCAUUUGUUGCUUUGGUUAUUUAUUUCACCAACAUUUUUACUGAAAUCUCUGCAUAGUUUAUAGAGGAUACUAGCUAAACUGCUCUUCUUCUCCUUCCUCUCCACUUCCUCCCCCAUUUCCAGUCAAAGCUGGGCGAGCAGGCUAGUCUGGCCAGCCUGGUGACCCAAAUCCUCAGCGUCGCUGACGGCAACAAGGACGGCCACGUCUCGCUCCCAGAGGCCCGUUCAGCCUGGGCUCUUCUCCAGGUGGAUGAGGUGCUGCUGGGGCUGCUCCUCCAGGAACGGGGCCACACCCCCCGUCUGAUGGGCUUCUGUGGAGACCUGUACAUGACCGAGAGGGUACCCUAUGGCCCCCUUUACGGUGUCAGCCUCCCCUGGCCCCUGGAGGCCUGGGUCCCCAGUGGGGCCCGACGCAGCAUGGACCAGUGGUUCACCCCCUCGUGGCCCCGCAAGGCCAAGAUCUCCAUGGGUCUCCUGGAGCUGGUAGAGGACAUCUUCCACGGCAACUAUGGCAGCUUCCUCAUGUGCGACCUGAGCACCGACCACUUCGGCUACACGGACCGCCACGACUUCCGCCUCACCGACCCGAGGGCCAUCAUCUCUGAGGACGCGUUCAGGCGAACCAUGCGCGCGCUGCACUGCGAGAAGGACGACGACUGCGUGUUGGGGGCGGACUGCCGUACGUCAUGCGAUGUCGCUCAGAGACGAUGCAGGGAGGAGGUGACCCAGCCCAACCUGGCUAAGGCCUGCGGGGCGCUGAGGGACUACCUCCUGAGGGGGGCACCGUCGGAGCUGAGGGAGGAGCUAGAGAGGCAGCUGUAUGCCUGCAUGGCCCUCAGGGGCUCAGCGGGACAGAUGGACAUGGAGCACUCCCUGAUCCUGAACAACCUCAAAGCGCUGCUGUGGAAACAGAUCUCGCAUACUAAAGACUCAUGAUGCUCAAAGAAUUAAGACUUAUUGACAAGUCUGCUACUGACACAGUGGCUUAGGAAGAAGAG